AUGACCACAGUCCGUGAAGAUGGGAUGGUCACUGGCGAAUACUUUGGUAGCAGCAGUGCAGGAUCUUUCACGAACCAAAUCAAAACUGCCAUCGAUGCACGGCUGGGCUCAGCGAUGGAGAACAGAGGCGUGAGGAGCUCGCUCUUCCGCCCUACAUUACCUCCCAGCGGUGGAGGUCCAGCAGGCCAGGCAGACUAUGUUCUACCGGCUCGAAAGCAAGCGGAUCACUUGAUGGACCUCUAUUGGUACUACGUUGACCCGUUGUAUCCAUUCCUAGAUCAACAAAGAUUCGAGCACUCUUACAAGGCACUGUUCGCCGGAACUUCAAUCGAUGCUGAUGAACGCAUCUUCGUGAGCAUCCUCAACAUCAUUUUCGCGCUCUCCACUCAGCUAAUUGAGUCAAUGCCCGCCGACCAAAGAGAUUCGUUUAGCCAAAGGUACUUCAAACGGGCGCAAGAUUUACUUCAACUCAGUCUGUGGGACACCGGCUCCAUUGAGCUCAUUCAGUGUCUGCUCAUCAUGAGUCAGUACCUCCAGAGCACCAAUAACCCACACCAGACGUGGAUGAUUAUCGGUUCCGCGGUGAGAAUUGCACAAGGCCUUGGGUUGCAUUUGCCAGAGACGUCUUCGGAGCUAUCAAACGAGUCUGAAAAGGAUCUUGUUAAACGGAUUUGGCAUGGAUGCCUUUUGAUGGACAGGUAA